AUGAAGCUCUCCCUAGUGUUCGAGCUUCUGUUAAUAUUUGUACUACUGGCGUUUGCAGCCUCUAAAAAUAUCGGUCAACAGAAGAACAAUAAGAAAAGUAUUCAAAAGCAAAACGAUGACAUAAAAAUAGAAGAUAACAGUAUAAAUAGGUUCUGCAAGUGUUCUGAGGCCUUUUGUAAUUGUUGCCGAGACUUUGCAGUUCCUGUAGUCAAUUUGAACGGUCCAGGAUGUGCUUCGCUUAUGUACUUAAGUGGCGAUAAAAUGUCUGUCUCCUUAAGCUUUGGUAAUAAAGUUAUCACCAAUCGUACACUUUCAGGUCGCAAACCAAGUCCUGUUUGCAUGCCUCUGCCCGGAGGUAUAUCAAAGUUCUGUGGACGUGUUUAUAAUAUAGCGAGAGCUGGAGAGGAGUUCAGGGCCUGUCUCGGCUUGGAACUACAAGCUAAGAGUACUGUAGAAGCAGCAGUAAGAGUAUCUUGUUUCAAAUUUGGCCCUAGAGGCGUAACUUCUGAGCCAGCUGAUCCGCUGCCAUUGGUGCCUCAGGAUGAAAAGGGUACGGACGAUGAUGAUGAUGACGAUGACGAUGACGACGAUGAUGACGACGACGUUGAUUUUGGUAUCGACGCUGACGAUGAUGAUGAUGACGACGACGAUGAAGAAGAGGACGAGGAUGAUGAUAGUGAUGAUGGUGGUCUCGAUGCAGUCAAUGAUGUAGACAGUCCCGACUAUACAGGUUUUAGUCUUCUUGGAGAAGAUUUAUUAGGUGGUCUAUUUGGAUCAUCUGGCGGUAAAAAACCAGCCAAGAAUAAAAAUAAACAAGCACCAUUUACUUCAACUUCUACGACAAGGCGCCCUCGUCCCACCCGAAGACCUGCUAGACGACCUGCAAGAAUUACAACAGUAAGGCCGUUUGUUACAAGAACCACCACUGUAAGAAUCCGACCUGUAAACCGCAGACCUACACGAAGGCCAAUAAGAAGAACAACUACAACUAUACGACCAACAAGUGCUUCUUCGAUUGCAGAAGAAAGUACUACAGUUUCAACGAUAUCUACAACAAUGGUACCUCUGACUUCUGAAAUUACUGAAGUUAAAGCACCUUCUUUUAGCAUACAAGAAACCGAACAAAGUGAAACUCAUCAAGUAAUACCUAUAACUGAAAAACUUUUACCAACCGCGGAAUUGACAACGCUGAGAAGUGACACUUCGUUUGAAGAUUCAGGUUUAGAAAUGUCCUUAGCACAUAUUACUGAUCAACUUUCUCUUAAUAUGCCAGUAACUCAGUUAGUUCCAACAGAGGAGGUGAAAGAUACUAAUGUCGAAGUUGGAAAUGAAAAAGUGAUGAACUAUGAAAAAGUUGAGACAGUGACUUCUAAACCACACUCUACAAUUCCUUUCGCCACCGAAGUAGAAGAUGAUGAAAAUGAAGAAAUGGUGCAAAUAGUCCAAACUCUAGAUUCUCAUUCUGAGGAACAUGCUGCUGAUAGUGAAAAUGUAGUAGACGAAACUAGAUCUCAUCAUGAACCGAGUCACCACUACGAAGGGCUAUCUUUGCCAAAGAAAAAGCAUAGAGGCGGCAAUUUCAAUUUAGAUGAUCUGGAUGUUCUCGAUUUAACUGGUAUCGGAGAAAGUGUUGGUCAUCAAUUAGGAAUUUUUGGUAGACACAAACGGCAAAAUAAAAACAAAGUUGUCAAACCUCAUAACAUGAAGGGCAUAAAUGAUUAUGAUGACGUUCUUGGAUUAGAAGCUUUGAGUGAAUCCAUUAUCUUCCCCGAUAUUGACGACCUAAGCCGAAAAGAUAGAAGAAGACAAAAUAAAAUGAUGCGAGGUCUAUGGCCUCAGUGA